AUGCCCGGGAUACGAUUUGAAGAUGUUUAUCUUUUGUUGUUCAGUGCCGGAGAUGCUCCCCCGCCCAAACCGGGGCGCUCCAAGGUGAAAAUGCAGACAGUCGAGGAGGAGCCGCCGAAAACGGAGUCUCAACUUCUGCUUGAAGAACAAUUGCGGCGUGCCGAAGAGCGGAGGCGCCGUUUUAAGCGUCGGUGGCCCGAGAUAAGGAGGCCUCCGCUUGUCUGCAGGCCGUGGAAGCCGCCGGGGCCUCCGAGACGGGAGCCACCACUGAAACUGGAGGUGCCCGCGCUGAAGCUGCGGCGCUGGGUGCCGCCGCACCGGCGCCGGCGCCGGCGCCGCCCGCGCAUGCCACGCGUGCCGCCCGACCAGAUCAACCAGGAGCUUUACGAGUGCGCCAAACUUAAGAAGAUAUGGCACAACUUCAGCCAGGUGGACCGGAACAAGAUGAUGCUGCGCGGCAAGUUGGCCUGCAACUCCAAGAGGUACCGGUGCGGCGUCGGCAGUGGAACCCAAACAGCGUGCAUAGCGUUCGUCACGUGCGCCCUACUGAACGAUAAGGCACCUUCUGAACUUACUCGAAGGGACGUGGACGAAGUUAUCGAUACGGGUGACAAGUUCUACCACCAGUGCAUGUUGGCACUAAAGUGUUAUAAAGGCAAGCGUGAGUUGGAGCUGAAGCAGCUCCUCACCUCCUUCUACUUCAAGGACCACAAGUACACCGUCAAGAUUCAGGAGAGGGACCGAGGGGUCCUGGCCAAGCAUCCGGACAACACGCAGUCACCGCCUGACCUCAUGGGACUGAUGGAGAAGCGUGCCGGCACCAGCUACAUGUCCAUCCUGACUGUCGGUGACCGCAACUUCCUGAUCUGGGGCCACCCCCCGCCGCCCGAGUCUGGCUCGCAGUGUAAAACUGUCUGCUACAUCUUCGACCCUCACAUGCAGGCCGAGGACGGGCAGCCGCAUAAGUUGCAAGGUGGCGCCGCGUUCCUGCGCUACGCCGGCGUCACCUCCUUCGUGCUCGACUUCGUGGCCAACUAUGGGGGGCUGGACGCGAGCAAGCGGGAGUGUCCCAUGCCGCCAGUUAUCAUCACUGAUAUUGAGGUGCUAGCCCGCGAUCCGCUGAUCCGCCAGCCGCGGUACGAGUUGGACCUGAAGGCGCUGGACGCGCACUGCGAGUCGGAAUGGAUCAGCAUGAACAACAACGCGCUCAUCGAGAGGAAACAGGAGGGGGAGUUUCCGCUUAAGUGUCUGAGCGGUCUUUCUCUGGCCACGUCGCGCACCACCUCGCGACGGAAGCUUCGGGAAUUCUAUCAGAAGAUGCCCAAAGAGCCAGCGCCAACAUUGCCAAUGGCGCCCGAGAAAGGUCCCGUUCCAGCCACCACGGACCAGAUUAUGGGGUUCCGUGGGGAGGACUUCUUCCUGUACUGCCCGAAGGGAGAGGCUCACAUGUUUGGCAGGGACGACAUGGCGCCUCGGGUCAAGUCGGACCCGAUCCUGCACAGCGUGGUGGACGUGGCCAACAAGAACUUCGACUCGCAGUACCAGCAGCUGGAUGCUGAGAAGUGGAUACUGCGCGCCACCAGACAUAUGGCCAGUCACAGAUACCAGACGUUCAAAGUGUACACGGCGAUUCCGUGUUGCCUGGUCGCACUUGGGAUGUUGCGUCGCCUCCGCGCGCGAGCGUGGAAUGAAGAUAUACUUGAUGAGACGCUAGAUCUUGGCUACAACGUGUAUCGGGAGUCAUUACUGCCCCGCGGUGGACCAAUCAGACGUUUGGUGCUCGGUGAGAUGGCGGAAAGUUUCAAGAUCAGAGACAAAGAAUACACGCACAAGGAACAAGGCAUCGCGGUGUGGGGUAAGCUGGUGUCGAACAACUCCAAAGUGUUCGACCUGUGUCGUGGGCUGGACGAGUUCUUCAGAACCGCUGAUGCUGGGAUACUGCAGGUUCCUGGAGUGCUGGAGACUGCCAUCUGGAACGAAGGUGGCAUGUAUUAUUUGUACCACCCGUGGCCUGCCGACCGAUAUGGAGUCAGGGUGGGCCUCCAAGGCGGAGGCAAGGCGUGCCUGCUCUGCUUCGCUCGCACCAGCGGCCUCUGCGACCACUUCCUGGCCGCGACCCGCGACCUGCGCCGGAAGCCGUUCAGCAUCAGCGCCGUCAGCGUGCAGGAGCGCCCGGGCGGGCCGCUGCCUGAGCCCAUCAAUAACCUUAAACCGGUGGCCCAGAACCGGUGGGUGAUUCGCGGCAGCUUCCAUGAGGGUGACCAGCGGUUCCCUGAAGAGCAUAGGAACAAGCAAGCCACUCCUAUCUCCAUAGCGGCCAUAGCCAUGGCGCAUGUGGCACCGAUUGACGAGUGGACACAGGAAGAAAUUAACGAGACGCUGAUCCGCGGUGAUAUCCUCUACGAAAGCACCAUAGAAAAUCUAGAAAAGAUGGGCAUCAGCAUGGACACCGCCCCAACGGAGGCCGAGGGUGAAUCCGAAGAGGAACCGACUCCAGCAGGGACCCUGGCUCCUGCCGAUGUCAUGACCAGGUUCAGGAUUACCGACUUCGACUGUAUUGAGACUGAGGUUCAAGAUGGAGCGUUAGUUGGAUCCCUGACGCCAUCGGAAGGUGUUCUGUCGUUGCGACAGUCCCUGAAGAAGCUGUUCAACGAGGCGUCGUACGCGGUGGUGACCGCUCGGGGGAACUCCAUGGCCGUGAUGAAGUCUGACAACAAGUAUUACAUGUUCGACCCACACGGGUGUGACGAGAAUGGCUACCCGUCAGACGACCUAACAGCCAAAGCCUGCCUCGUCUGCGUCGGAAGUUCCACCGACGCACUAGCAGCCGCCAUUGAGAGUAACCUACCUCCUGGCAGUGAUGAUACUUUCAAUAUAUCGCCUGUUGAAAUCACGCCGACUAAGCUGAACAUGGAGUUGGGUGCUCCAGAGCCAAAGCUUGAGAGCAAGGACUUCACGUGGAUUCAGAAACGCGCCGCGGCCAUCAUGCCCGGGCCACGCGGAGAGCACUCUGCGCUCGGGAAAUCUGCCAAGAAGGCUGGCAUUGGGGAUGAGGAUAAAGCUGGAAGAACAUUAGCGCUACCAGCUGUCGCAGCGUUCGCGGCGGCCACCGACGCGGUGCCUCCGCCACACAUGCAUCACGACCACAUGUUCAACUUCCUAGAUGCCGGCGCCGACUAUUAUCUCCAACACGUGAAGAAGACGGGCAACAGGGACAUGAACGUGGAAGACUUGUCGCAGAAGUUCGAGAUGGGCGCCAACACGUUCUCCAUACAGCUGGAGGAGGCCCACGCGAGGCUGCCCCUGCGGCUGCCCGAUGAACCUACCGGGGAAGGCGCCGAGGCUGGUGGCGGCGAGGCGGGCGAAGGGGGUGAAGAAAUCAAACAGAUUAAAGACCUGAUGACCAAGAUGUGGAACGACCAGUCGAAACCAACACAGACCGCGUUACUCCUCGGCGACUACCACCAACUUGGAGUGUGGUGGUCGGCCGGUGGUCAAGUGGUCGCCUUCGACCCUGCCCCAACCAUGCCCCGUCUUAUGUUGACCGAACACCGAAUACAGAAGGGUGAUGAGAUCCGUCUCCAGCGCAUCAAGGAUGAGAUGGUUGGUGAAGGAGGCGGCGGGGGUGACGAGGAUGAGGAAGCGGGAGGUGAGGGCGAGCAACAGCCGGAGCCGGAGCCGACGCCGGUGCCGCGCGAGGCCACGCCCGUGCUCAUGGUGUUCGCCAGCCCUGCCGAGUUCAUUGACAAACUCACGCUCCAAGGCCCCCUGGACCGCAAGCAAUGCCUGGGCCCCUACAAGUUGUACACCGUCAAGGUCAUCAACGAAUUGACCUCGGUGGUCAAAGACAAACGACCAGCCUCGAAAGGUGGCGAGGACGAGGGAGAGGGAGAAGAGUCCGAAGUCCUAGUGGAGCCCCUAAACGACGAUGCGAUUGGAAGGUACAUGGUGCGGACGGGGCGCACGGUCGCGUCGGUGCGCGGGCGCGUCGCGCAGCACGAGAACUACUUCAGCGAACCGGCCAGGGACAACCAGGACGCCGCCAUGUCAGUGGUAGCCAUCGCGGUUGCCAACAUCGAGCCGUAUAUCUACUGGAAGCCGGCCCUCAUAGACGCGGUGGUCAAAUAUGGUGACAGGCUGUAUACGAUGUCGCUUCCCAGUGCGAGUAAUCCGCCGCGGGUGACAGCUACAGAGUGCGUGCGGGACUAUAGGAUGACUAGCUUUAACGUCAGAACUACUGUUGGCGAGGAUAAUAUAGUGUAUGGCGAUCUGAAGGCAGGCGAUUCCGGAUCCCUUCUCAAUGUGCGUCGGGCCAUCGCCAGAUUCUUUGAAUCGAACAAGUACGGUGUGCUCUGCGCCAAGGACUACUGCGUGGCGAUCUGGCAGGGCGAGGCUGGCUCUUUCUGCAUGUUCGACCCUCACUGCGUCGGGCCCACUGGGAAGUCAUCGCCUAUUGGAGGCGCUGGGCUCAUCGUGUUCAGUACGACGGAUGACCUGGCAGAUACUUACAGAGAGAAUGUGGAGGCACUUACUCGGUCAGGGAAUAACAAGUUCUCGAUAACUCCAAUCUCGGUCGUGUGGGAGUACUCGAAGAUGCCGGGCAAGGCGGUGGCGCCGAGCGCCGUGCCCGAUGAGGGGUAUGAGUGCAAGGUGCUAACGGCAUACGUGGAAAUGUCAAGAGGCCGCACCAUUCUACGAGGGUCGCGUCCGCCAGACUCUAACAAGUUCUGCCGCGAUGCAAUACUGCAGUCUGCCGCAAGUGCGAUCGUCGGCGCUUGCUUGUCGCACGUGCGUCAGCCGCAUCUCUGGACAAGGAAUACCGUGGACCAGGUGAUGUCGGAAGGCUGCAAACUGUUCACGGCGUCCAUCAACAACCUCGGGUACGAGUUCCGGCCCGGGGACGAUAUUCUCAUGCCGUUGCAGGUGAUGAAGCGUUUCGUCCUGGGGUCCAACUACGUGCGGUUCGAUCUGCAGGAGGUCUCCGCCGGACGGAUCGAGAAGGUCAAGCCCGAGGGUGCCCACACGUUGAGGACGGCGAUAGACCACUUCUUCUCUCGCAACAACACGCACGGGAUUGUAUGGUGCGCGCCGUACGCGGCCGCGAUAUGGUCAGCGCGGGGCCCUGCGCCGCCCUACUAUCUUCUGGAGCCCCACGCUGCUGGGGCCAACGGGCUGAGGAUGGACGGACGGGAUAUUGGGACUGCCUGCGUUCUCACGUUCACGUCUCCAAAACUCUUGGCUCAUGCUUACCUCCAAAACAUUCCUCCGAAACAACGCCUAAGGAAGAACUACCACCUCUACAACAUCUCCGUGCAUGUGGCACCCAUCAAGAAGUUACUAAAGGAACCGCCAUUAGUCAAGUCUACGCCUGAUGUUAAACUUGUACCCGCGACUAGCAAGGUUGGCGUCGACGGUCUGAAACGGCGAGCGUCCGAGGCGGACAGAAAGCAUCCGCCAGGUGGCAUCACCUGUAAGGAUGCUCAGAGGGCCACGGAUGCUCAGGACAAGGAACAGUCCAAGUUGAAAGGUCGUCGCAACGCAAACGGCUGGCUGGUGCUCGCGGACGGGUCCCAGUUCCUGAGCGCGCGGCACUCCAUCUCGUGCCGCAAGUUCCCACACGGGUCCCGCGGCAACCAGGCCCUGGCGUGCGCCGUGAUGGCGGUGGCGAUGUCCCGCGUCCAAGAUGUCUGCCGAUGGUGCUCCUCGACAUUGGAUGCUGUGCUGCUGAGCGGAGACCAGCUGUAUCAGGACAGCUACCUCCACUACAGGCCCAAGGACACCAAAAUACUGCAGAUGGAACAGAUCCUUCGCAAGUUCUACACGCCUGGCAACUGCGUGUGUCGCGUGGUGGUGUUUCAGCCGCGACACGAAGGCACCGUGGACUCCAACCUCGCCGAGCAGCUGACCGCAUUCUUCAAGGAAGAGAGGCACGGGGUGCUGGUCGCGGGGGACGGAGACUUGGCCGUCGCACUCUUCAAGACGCCCAAAGGGUUUUACAUGUUCGACGCGUCGGACCGGGACCGGUACGGGCGGGCUGUACCACCUCCCUGUAUCGGACACGCACGCGCUUGCUUCUCGCAAUAUCCUACCGUACAAUAUCUAGCGGAGAAGCUCGGCGCCAACAUACCGCCCGUCAUCAAGGCUGAGGAAGAGGCCGCGCAGGACAAAUUCUCUUUGACACGAACCACGGUGUUCCAGGUAACAUUCAAGGAGGAAACGGCUACGUUUAAGAUCUACGGCAUGGAAGUUACCAGUUUGCGAAGAUUGAACCAGUUCGAGAAGUAAACAGUGAGCGAGUGGUACACAGUGAAUCUACGUUAUUACGUCGAUGUUCAUGAUGUGCUACAUAAAAACGUAUCUGCGGGGGUGAUGAGUUUGAGAAGUGAGCAGUGAGUCAAUGGUGAACAGUGGACCAGUAUGGUAAAGGUUUUUCUCGUGUUUGAUCAAUAACUCGACUUUCACAAAUAUUUGCAUGGUUUGUUAGUUCCUAUUCUUAUUUUUGUCAAUUUAUGCAGUAAAAAUUAUUCGUUUUAUUUUAAGUCUCGCAACCAAAAUUUUACAAAAAAAUUGUUGUGUUGUAUGUCGUGGCCAUUUUGUAUUUGAAACAAAGUUUCAAUAAAA